AUGCUAAUCAAGAGAUUAAGUAACGCUAUCGUCAAGUAUAGAUACUCCAAAGAAAUUCUUGAUUUUGCCAAACCAAUCUCCACCAAAUAACAACUUACUUAAUAUACUGUUAAUUGUAUGGUCUUACAUCCAAUUGGUUAAUAAAACAAAGGUCCUGAAUUAGAAUUGUAUAUGGCUGAAGAAGCUAUAGGUUUAUCAAAAUAAUUGAAUUGGACUCUUUAAUAAGCACCAUUUUGGUAAAAUGAUUACACUAAAGAUAUAAAAAAUAGUCAAGAAAAAAUUAAUGAGAAUGAAGAUAAUCAAUCACAAUAGUAAAGUAAACUAUAAGAUUUCCAAUAAAAUGAAAAUGAUCUAAGUCAUGAAUGGAAAGAUUUAAUUAUUAGAAACUCAAUUGCUAAAUCAUCCCUUGUCAAACUACCUAGUAUUCAUUCUACUACAUUCUUCAGCAAAAGUAAAAUUACAAUGUUAGGAUAACAUAUCCAAUAAAAACAGAUUAAUGCUGUGUUCAUAAAUCAUGAAUUAACACAAUUAUAGACUAGAAAUUUAGAAAAAUUAUGGACUUAAUAUUCAAAAGGUUAAAUAACAUCUACUAUUAAUGAAGAAAUCAAUAAUUUUGAUGAAAAUAAUUAUAAUUAGAAAUAUAAUUCUGAAACUCUUCCUGUUAAGGUAUAUGAUCGAUUUACUAUGAUUUUAUAAAUAUUAGCUAAAAGAUGUACAUAAAGUUAUUCUAGAUUGUAAAUUGAACUAUCAUUUCUCAAAUUUGCAAAAACAAAAUUAGAACCAAGUAGUAAUAUCCUUUUAUCGCUUUCUUCAAUCUUUAAAGAAAAUCUAAUAACAGCUAAUGAAAUUUAUGUUGAAAUUAUGUCUCAUUAGCUAAAAAGUGAUGAAGAUAAAGUGAAAGGAUCAAUAGAAAACGAAAUUUAAUUUUCAAGCAGACUCAUUGAUGAUAAAAUUGCAAAAGUCAAAUAAUGUAUUGAAGAAGAAAGAGUAACAAUUAAACGUAGAAAGUCAAAUCAUACUGUACCCACAAUUGCAUUAAUUGGAUUUAUCAAUGCUGGUAAAUCAUAGUUAUUAAACUGUAUAUUACAUAAAGAUGUACCUUAGAGUAGAGAUUAAGUUUCUUAUAUAUUUGAUACUAAUUCAAAAUCUGUAAGAUUAGCCUCAGGAUAGAAAGCAAUAAUACUAGAUACUAUUGGAUUCAUUACAGAUCUACCAAAUGAUUUAGUAGAAUCAUUUAAGUCUACUCUAGAAGGAAUAGAGAAUGCUGAUAUAGUGUUACAUAUUAGAGAUAUCUCACAUCCAUAUACUGAGUAAUAAAAAUAGGUUGUCCUAAAUGUCCUUAAAGAAUUAGGAUAUAAUUAAGAUUUCUUCAAUAAAAAAAUGGUAAUACUAAAUAUUAAUAUAGGUUGAAGUGUGGAAUAAAAUUGAUAUGUUGAAAUACUCUAUAGAUUAUGAUUUCAUUGAAUCUUAGGAUUAUCCCAUAGUACCUAUAAGUGCAUUAAUGAAUAUUAAUAUAAAAAAGUUGCUUUAAGUAAUAGAGGAAAAAUCUAAUCAAAUUAUGAAUAAGAAAUUAUACAGAUUAAGAUAUAAUAUAGAUUAACAUUUCGAAAGACUUAGGUGGUUAUAUGAUAAUGGUAAUAUUUCAGGAGUUAAGAAUGAAAUGUAAAUACCUCCUAUAAAGAAAGGAGAUCCUACAAUAAUAGAGUAUGAUGUUAUCAUAGAUGAAGUCACUUACAAUAGAUACAUCGCCACCUUUUAAUCUGAAAUGAAAAUUAAAAAGAAUAAAGGCAUGUCUCUAUAAAAUAGGAAAUGA